AGGUUGACCUACCUGCCUGUGAGUGAAUGCCAAUGUCCAAAUCAUAUCAAUUGCAAUCAUCAACUAUUCACUUGACCUCCAUGUCUGCAUGCAACCUGUGACUCUAAUACCUGAUAUUAUUCAAUCUCAUCUCGUUCGCCGAUCAGGCCAUGUUCAGGUUGCGCAACGAGCGUCUUCAAACAUAAACCCGCGAGAUAAAACCUCCUCGGCCGGUACACCGCCUUUGCUCGAAAAGCAAAGUCAAAAGCUUCCACCUCUCAACACCAUACCUUCAUUCUAUUCUCCCUCGACCCUUAUACCCUAGAAUUCAUGCCCAAAUUAUUCUAAGUCUGUCGACGACCCGAAGGAGCCAUUUGCCCCUCCCAAUUGGGAUUUUUCACUCGCUACCGUCCACUACCAGCACCCUCAACGAACGAUGACCGACCCCUCUACCAAUGUCCCAAUUGAAAAGCUGGACAUUGAGACCCAGAUUGCCUCUGAAGAGAAGAUCCAAAAUGGACAAAUUGUCAAUAUUACAGAAGAGAAGCAGAAGCCGGCUGGGGCACCUUCUGCCAGAUAUCCUAUGCGCACAAUCCCCGUAAAGAGAAAAGCCAAGAAGAAAGAUGAAGGCCCUCUGGAGAUUGUCUGCGGAUGGAUCGUCGAACAUCAGAUUGGUCUCUCGGUCAAUCUUCUCAUGCUCCUAUCCUUGACACACCUAUGCUUCCCGCGAGCCCGCCGCCAUACCCGCAAAUUCUUCGAGCUAUCAUACUAUAAUCCGGAAUCCGGCCAGUACUGCGCUGGUUGGAACGAUGCCUGGAUGGUGUUCUACUGGAUUGUGAUUUUCACUGGUCUCCGCGCUGCGGUAAUGGACUAUUUAUUGACUCCCAUGGCAAAGCGUGGUGGAAUUCAAACAGUGAAGAAUCAAACCAGAUUUGCUGAGCAGGCUUGGCUCCUGAUUUACGUCUCCGUUUUUUGGACGUUAGGAGCAUAUAUUCUCGCCAAUUCCGAUUACUGGUACAACUUCAAGAAUCUCUGGACGAAUUGGCCAAACCGUGAGAUUCCAGGUCUGCGAAAGUGGUACAUUUUGGUUCAGUAUGCCUUCUGGCUCCAGCAAAUCUUCGUCAUACACAUCGAAGAGAGGAGGAAAGAUUACUGGCAAAUGUUCACUCACCACAUUGUUACAACCAUGUUGAUCUUCACAAGUUAUGGUUAUCAUCAAACGAAAGUUGCAAACUUGAUCCUCUGCAUAAUGGAUGUUGUCGAUCUCCUCCUUCCUCUCGCAAAAUGCCUGAAAUACCUCGGAUACGGAACCAUUUGUGAUGUCCUCUUUGGCCUCUUCCUAGUAACCUGGUUCGCAGCCCGUCAUGUCAUUUACUGCAUGAUCUGCUGGUCCGUCUAUGCCGAUAUCCCUGCUACCAUCGAUUACGGAUGCUAUCGUGGUAAAAACGGCGCCAUCGAGGGACCAUUUCCUCCUCCGGAUCGUUUUGGGCAUCUGUUUCAACCAUUCCGGGACCCUGAAGGCAUCGUGUGCUGGAAUAACAGCAUUAAAUGGGGCUUUCUUAGUGCGUUACUCUUCCUCCAGGGCAUCACUUUGAUGUGGUUCUCCAUGAUUGUGGGAGUGGCGGUGAAAGUCCUCCGAGGAGGCAAUGCGGACGAUGUUCGAAGCGACGAUGAAGGCGAUGACGAGGAAGAUGCGACUAACGACAAGAUGGAUUAUGAGCAAUUCGACGAAGCAGAGCUUCCGCCGUACGAAGAAGAAGUCGGGGUUGAGGCCAUCAACCUCAAGGGGCGGACUUCCAAUGCCAGCAAGACCCGUUAUAAGAAGAGUGCGAGCAGCGCCACCGGUGUCAGUUUACCAGGCCACAGCGAUCGAAAGGAGUUGUUAGGCAGAAUUGGAUGCGAUAAAGGCGUUUGAGAGAGGGGUAGGUGCAAGAGAGACCUGGCGUCCAUGGUUGUUGUGUGUGCAUGGAAUUUGUUUUCAGCAAAAAGUUUUGGGACAUCGCUCCCUUCAAUGGUCACGGAAUACAUACCCCUUCCUAGUCAUCGAUCAUCCAAAGACAAUGUGUUUAUCUACAUAAAUCAAGGCGUUCCCCCUUUCUUUCCUUCAUGAACAUGUUGGUGUGAGCAUGGGUAUGGUUCGCUCAUCCGGAUUAAUGGACUGGGAUACUCGGGGAUCUUGUUUUCUGGCGUUCUCUACAUACCUAUAUACCAUUUCCAUAUUAUAUGUGAAUUUUGGGGGCAACUGAUAUAAAUUUCAUCAAUCUGCAACACCGUAAUUGAUGAGCCGCUCU